AUGUGGUCCAAUUUCAAUGAUAGUUUUACAGCAAUAACCGAUCAUAUUUCUACACAAAUUCGUCAAACAAUUCCUACUAUACAAUCAUCGUUUGGUGAUCAAUCCAAUCAUCAGGAUGGUACGAAACGUGAAUUGGAAACAAAAAUUUCAUUACUACGUAAUGAGGUGGUCCGACAUCGAAACAUUGCCCAAACAUAUAAAGAACGUUGGCUUGAAGCAGAAAAUGUUUGCAAACAAAUUACCGGCAAUUGUUCAAAGAAAUCAUCGAUUGAAGAAGCUCAACGAAUAGCUGAUUUGGAACAAGUUCGCAAUGAAUUAAAGAUUUGCCGUGAAGAAUGUAAAAAUUAUGCAGAACAAUGUAAUGACCUGGUUGAUCAAAUAUCAACAAUUAAACAUGAAUCAUCCAUUGAAUUACAACAAUUGGAUCAAUUACAUGAUGAAGAGAAAAAGAAAUUAUUGGCAUUACAAGAAGAAGAAAAAUCUAAACAGAAAUUGAAUGAAUUACAAUCACCAGAAACAGAAGCAGCAACAUUGUCUAAUCAGAAAUCAAUUCGCGAAGAACCAGAAGGUGCAAAUAAUAACGAUGAUUCAGAUACAACGACAACACAAGAUGAUGUAGAAAUAGCUGUUGUACAAAAAAAUCAAUUAAUCAAUGAAUUGGAAACGAAACUUGCGUCAUUAUCGAAUGAAUAUGAAGACCUGUGUCAACGAUAUAAUUCAUCACAGAAUGAAAAUCAAAUAUUUGAAAGACGAUUCAAAGAAACGGAAGAAGAAAGUGUUAAACUACAGCAUCGACUUCAUCAAACUGAACAAGAACGGGAUUCGUUACAGAUUCAAUUAAAUGAAGUGGAAAAAACUCGAGAUUCACUGCAACAGGAAUUGGAAAAUCAAAAGGCACAAUUAAUCAGUCAAAUUGAAUUAAGUGAUAAAUCAUUGAUCGAACUGAAUCAAUGGCGUAAUCAAUAUGACCAGAUGAGUCAACAUUUAAAUCAAUUAACACAAGAUAAUCAUGCAUUGAAAUUAUCAUUAGCCACUAAAGAUGAUGAAUUGAUUAAAUUGAUGGAAAAAUUAGCCAAUUUGCAAAAAUCCAUCGCUGAUCAACAGCAGGCUGAAUCUGAUCGAGCCGAAAUUGAUAAAUUAACCGGAGAAUUGAAUCGUUUACGUCAACAUCUGGUACAAGUUGAAGAAACAUAUAUUGGUUAUCUGAAAGAAUCAGAAGAACGUUUAGAACAAUCACAAAAAAUUGUUCAACAAUAUGAACAAAUGAAUAUUGAUCAAAGAGAAUUGGAAUAUCAAGAAUUGGUACAAUCUUUACGUGAAGAAUUGAAAAAUUCACACGAACAAUUGCAUCAAUGUGAAGAUAAAAAUGAAAGAUUGGCCGCUAAUUUGAUUAAUAUGCAAUCAGUUAUUGAACAAUUGGAAAAAGAACAUGAAAGAAAAAUUCGAUCCAUGCAUGAGGAACAGGAAAAACAGAAAAUUCUCAAUGAACAAUGUAAUGAGGAAUGGCAACGUCGAUUGCAAACAUGUGAAAGACAUUUAUAUGAAACAAGAAAAGCACUGGAAGCAGCAUCACGAUUAACUGAACAAAUUGAACAAAAAGAAUCGAUGAUUGAACAUUUUAAAAGAGAAGCUAAAAACAAAGAUCAAGAAAUCAUGAAAUUACAGAAAAAAAUUCAAGACAUUGAACAAUCACAAGAAGGUAAAGUGGAUAAACAAAUUGUUAAAAAUUUAGUAUUGAGUUAUCUGGCCACACCGAUGGAUAAACGUUCGGAUGGUGAACGAUUAUUGGCACGUUUUUUGGAUUUCAAUCAAGAAGAAAUGAAUCGUGUAGGAAUUCGUAUUGGUAGUGGUGGUGGACGUCGUGAUUCGAAUUCAUUUACAUCAAGUUUUGUACAAUUUUUGGAAACGGAAUCAUAUCCGGAUAAAAAUGCUACUACUACCACCACCACCGGCAGCCAUGAACGAAAAUCUUCAAACAUUGCAAUGUCUAAUCAUCCACAACAAAUGGAACUUGCACGUGAUCUUAAUAAACGUUUGAGCCAACAACAAGUGAAUCCUUUUGUUACACCUAUUGCAACAACAGCAGUAGCAGCAACAACAACAACAACAUACCAACAUCAUAUCCGUCAUAGCCGUACACCAUCUAUGCAUUCACAGCAAUCAUCAUCAUCAUUAUCUGAUUAUCAAAUUUCAAAUCCUUUGGCACAGAAUCAAUUGUUAGCAUCAAAUAAUAUUGACACAUCAUCAAUGACAAUGAUGAUGAAUAUUGUACCACCAGCUAACGUAACAACUUCAACAACAACAACAUCAAAUAUAACAGAAAUCAUUCGUGAUGUAAUGAAUAAAGAUAAAAUUAUUUAAAAAUUAAAAAACGAUGAAAUUUUUUUC